GUCGAGAGAAGAAGACCGUGAGGUCGAUUUUUUUUUCCUUUUCAACCUUCAAUUCACAGAAUAAACAUAUCUAUGGCUAAGACAAGGAGUAACGUUGUUGAAGGGAAUCCUCCUGGUCGGAAUUUUCGUCGAUCGAAUUUGCGUCCGUCUAAGAAGAGAGUUGGUGAAUCGAAACGAUCUUCUCAGAAGCGUUCGACGAAACGUAAGCUAAUGGUGGAUUCAGAGACAGUUGAUAUGGAUCCUCCUAGUGACAGAGAUGAGAUGGAUCCUCCUAGUGACAAUGAUGAUGAUGGUUAUGGUGGCAUUGCGGAAGAAACAUGUAGAGAUUUAAGUGUGUUUUUCGGAGAGGAUGGUAGGAACGAUGAUUGUGAAGUUGACGAAGACAUUGGGGAUGUAUACGCCUGGGAUGAGGAGAAAAUCCCGGAUCCUUUGUCAUCAGACGAGGAGAAUGAAGAGGAAAUGAGACCUUCAGAAGUUUACAGAGAAGAUGUUGAUCCAGAGGAGCUGCUUCAAUUGGGAAAGACAUUCUUUGAUGCUGCUGAUUUCAAACAUGCUUGCCUUAGAUACACAUUGAAAACCAGGUACAACAUCAAGUUUUAUCGUUGCAGUAGUUUAAAGAUGGCUGCAAAGUGUGCUGCGACAAUGAGAGAAGAUGAGGAUCCAUGUCCUUGGAAGAUCUACUGUUCUUAUGAGAAGAGUAAACAGAAAUUACAGAUCAAUACAUAUGUGAAUGUCCAUCGGUGUGAGAUAUCAGGUGAGUCCAAGAUGUUGAAUCGUUCAGCUAUUGCAGACCUGUUCUCAGAGAGGUUGAGGCUGAAUCCAAAACUCAAACCAUUGGAGAUUCAAGCAGAGAUCCUGAGGGAGUAUCACUUGGAAGCAAAGGAAAAUUCAUGUAUCAAAGCGAAGAAAAAGGUGAUGAAAGAAAGAAGAAAAACCCAUGAAGCUAACUUUGAUCGAAUAUGGGAUUAUCAAGCAGAAGUUUUGAAGAAAAACCCAGGUUCCACUUUUGAAAUUGAGACAAUCCCAGGAACUACAGUUGGAAGCAAGCAGAGGUUCUAUAGGCUUUAUAUAUGCUUCCAUGCACAGAAAGAAUCUUGGAAAAAGACUUAUAGACUUAUAUGCUUCCAUAUUGUUUCUAAUAUGUUUGUUUCUUUACUUGUAGGGUUUGGUGAAAGCAAUAACCACAGUUCUUCCAGAAGCAGAGCAUAGGCAGUGUUGUAGACACAUAUAUGAGAACUGGAGGAAAGGUGGGAAGGAUCUAAGGUUACAGAAACUAUUUUGGUACAUUGCAAAGAGCUACACUCCGGGUCAGUAUAAUUACUACAUGGGCGCACUGAAGGAAUACGACCCAGGUUCAUUUGACUCUCUUGUUCUCACCAAACCAGAGACAUUGUCUAGAGCAUUCCUCAGAUUAGGUUCUUAUUGCAAUGAUAAUCUCAAUAAUCUGAGUGAGUCCUUCAAUAAGACCAUCAGAGAAGCUAGGAAGAAACCUUUGCUAGACAUGUUAGAAGAUAUUAGGCAACAAUGCAUGACCAGAAAUUAUAGUAGGUCUAAGUUAGCAAAUGAUUUGAAGACAAGGUUUACCAAGAAGACACACAAGGAGUUAUAUAGAGUUGAGAAGAAGUCAAAACCAUGCCGCUUGCGUUGGGCAAUAGGGCCAGAGACAGAUGUUGAGUACAAAGAUAAUACAUAUGUUGUGAAUAUGGAAGAACAAACAUGUGCUUGUCGAAGAUGGCAAAUGAAUGGAAUUCCUUGUAUUCAUGCUGCUAAGGUCAUCCUUGGACUGAGGAAGAAGCUGUCUGAAUAUGUUGCUGAUUGUUACACAACAAUCAGGUGGCGUGAGACUUACAUUGUUGGCAUCAAACCUAUGAAUGGGAUAAUGGAGUGGCCUCAAACCAAUAGAUUAGGUGUGAUUCCACCACCUAAUCGAACUGGUAAUCCUGGUAGGCCUAGAAACUAUGAUAGGAUGAAGUCUAAGCAUGAAACAGGUUCUAAGACCAAGUUAAGCCGUGCAAACAGAAUCAUCACAUGCUCAAACUGCAAAGAGGAAGGGCAUAACAAGAAAACCUGUUCAAAUCAAACUGUUGAAAUUCCACCUAAAACACCAAAAGGAAGACCAAAGAAGAAUCAGGGACUUAUAUUUGAUGUGUCACAAUUCUCCUUUCCAGAAGAUCAGUCCUCCCAAGCUCAGUACUCACAAGCUCAAUCCGCACAUUCCUCAAGAUGGGACCAAAGUUCACAAUACCAAGCCUUACAAGCAAGUGAAUGGGGUAGUUGGUUGUCCUAGUUGUUUUAUGUUUUGUUAUUUAGUCCAUUUCAAGUUGCAGGUAUUUGUUACUUAAUUUCUAGAUUUUGGAACUAAGUUGCAGGUUUGGUUUGAACAAUUCUAAGUUUUGGUUUUGUAAGUGAAUAUAAAUUGCAGUUUAUUUUAUU